GAGAGAAAGAGGGGGAAAGAUAGAGUACGAAGGAGCGAGCGCGCGCGAGAGUGAGAGAGAGAGAGAAAGAGAGAGAGAGACAGAAAAGAAAAAGAGAGAGAGAGAGAGAAAGAGAACAAACGAGCGCCGUUACGAUAAAAGAGAAGUUUUACGGAACGUGUUCAAAAGCGUUCAAUGGUCGAAGUAGCUAUGCGCCACGCCGUUGUAGGGCUCUUAGCUAGCUAGUUUCAACUACGGGAGGUCUCUCGAGCCGCAGUUACGACCUCGAGAACGAGCGGGUUCACCUCGCGAAGAUGACCAUAAUAGUCUUUUUGAUCGACACAUCGGCCUCCAUGAAUCAGAGGGUUUAUUUGGGCGGGCGGCCCACGCUUUUGGAUGUAGCCAAGAGCGCAGUGGAAACUUUCGUGAAGGUACGACAAAGAUCACCGGAGAGCCGCGGGGAUCGUUAUAUGCUCCUGACCUUCGAAGAUCCGCCCCAGAAUAUCAAGGCUGGUUGGAAAGAAAAUUUGGCCACCUUUAUGAACGAAUUGAAAAACUUACAAUGUGUUGGCCUUACAACUUUAGGUGCUGCGUUAAAGCAUGCUUUGGAUGUUUUAAAUAUAAAUAGGAUGCAAACUGGUAUCGAUACUUAUGGACAAGGAAGAUGUCCAUUUUACUUAGAACCGUCUGUAAUUGUUGUUAUAACGGAUGGUGGAAAAUAUACGACCAACAGUGGAGUACAUCAAGAUUUUACAUUACCAAUGCAUUCUCCUAUACCUGGAUCAGAAUUAACUAAGGAACCAUUUAGAUGGGACCAAAGGCUAUUUUCUUUGGUGUUGAGAUUAUCUGGGACACCAGCCGUUGAACGAGAUACUGGUUUAGUUGCAAGCGAUUCGUCUCCGAUAGAUGCAAUGUGUGAAGUAACUGGAGGUCGUUCGUACUGCAUAACAUCGUUUAGAAUGAUGAUGCAAUGCAUUGAUUCUUUAGUACAAAAAGUUCAAUCUGGCGUAGUAAUAAAUUUUGAAAAGAUUGGACCUGAUCCUCCUCCGCUUUCUAACGAGGUGCACAAUCAAGAUGAAGAUGAGAACGAAGAUGAAAAUAAUAUUAACAAUGGCCCUCGGACUCAGUAUUCUACAAAUCCAACAGUUCUAGGAAAUACAGCAUGGCAUUCUUGUAGAAGAUUAAUUUACGUUCCACGUUCAGCACAGAAAGGGUUUGCAGUUGGCUUUUGGCCAAUUCCAGAAAGUUUUUGGCCAGACUUAAGUGCUAGUUCACUGCCACCAAGAUCUGCGCAUCCCAAUGUCAAGUUUACCUGUACCAGUCAAGAACCAAUGGUAAUAGAAAACCUACCAUUUGACAAAUAUGAAUUGGAACCCAGUCCGUUAACGCAGUAUAUAUUAGCCAGAAAACAACCAACAAUAUGUUGGCAAGUAUUUGUAGCAAAUUCUUACAAAUCCAGCGAGGUAGGCCAUCCUUUUGGAUAUUUGAAAGCAAGCACAAACUUAACUUGCGUAAAUUUAUUCGUUAUGCCCUACAAUUAUCCUGUGUUGUUACCGUUAUUAGAAGAAUUGUUUAAGGUACAUAGGCUGAAACCAACAAAUGAAUGGAGAACACAAUUCCAAAAUUAUAUGAGAACUAUGCCUACUUAUUAUUCUGCGUCAUUGAGGAGAGCAUUAACUAGAAUGGGUGCACCUGCUCCACUAGCACAAACUUUAAUACCUGAUAACAUGGAUAAUUCUUUAUCGUACAGUGUUUUAAAUUAUUUAAAACGCUUGAAAAAUCAAGCAAAAAUAGAGUUUGAUAGACUAUGUAAUGAAGUUAUUUCCAAACAAGUUGCAGCUGCUAAUAUGACAAAAAAUUUAACUAAUGCUAGUACAACUACCAUAACGGAAGGUGUUAGAGUUAUUCCCAGAACACCAUUGAAAAAAGAUUUGGUAUCACAUCCUUUAUUGCAAGACAAAUUUACCGGACUUAGGGAUCAAUUAAAUGAGUUUGGUGGAUUCGUUGUUGGUUUAGUAAAGAAUCAACAGCAACAGCGUGGUGCACAGAGUUAUCGCAAUGCUUUUGAUGUCCCAAGAAAAUCACUUUUGGAUCAAGUUGUGAGAAUGCGUGCAAAUUUUUUGCAACCUGGAUUAUUACAUACCAAAUUAUUAGACGAUGAUUAUGUUCAUUCAAUGCCUUUAGCUCAGAUGGGGAAUUAUCAGGAAUAUUUAAAAAGGAUGACACCGCCUUUAAGAGAGAUCGAAAGUGUACCUGUCAGACAACAUAUGUUUGGUAAUCCUUUUAAAAUAGACAAAAGGAUGAUGGUAGAUGAAGCAGAUAUCGAUAUGGUUGGAGCAACAUCUUCUACAUCGAAAGGUGGUAUAAAACGUUCAUUACCACCUUCUGAUGGAGGAGGGACACCUGUUCCAAGGCCGUCUCCCAAUAAAAGAAAACCAGGUCCUAUUCCAAAAGAUGUUAUUGUACGAAGACCUUCAUAUUCUCCUGCUAAUACGCCUCCAAGUUCUCCAAUACCUUGGAUGGAUGAAACCAAAAAUCAAGUGGUACCAAAUGUCGAACUAAAUACUACACCAAAUUUAACAAAUGCAAGCCAUGUAACGAGUACACCGUGUGCUGCUGCAAGCUCGCAAGAAAAAUUAGUGAAUGGACUUGCGGAAAUGCCAACAAUUCCAAUUUUUGAAGCAAUUCCAGCCGAACAUGUUAAUAAUCAUAUGGAUAGUCCACCUAUUUUAACACCAAUCGUAGUUAAUAAUGUUGACUUAAGAAGUGAUGUUAAAAGUGAAAGGAUAGAUCUUGUUAAUGUGGAAAGUAAUAGACUGCCUUCUAAUGACAGCAGCGAAAAUAGUGACAAAAUUGUAAGUGCAGUUGAAGAAAGGUUAACGAAUCACGUUGAAGAGAAACUAGAACCGAAGAUAGAAAAAGAAAAGGUCUUGACGAAAAAAGAAUUGGAGGAUAUAAGAAGGCACAAUUUAACGGUCAGGGAACUUGUUUACAAAGAAGUACGAAGACGGGGAACAAAUCACGCAACAUUAUUUACGCAUUUACAUCAAAUUCAAGGAACGUUGGAUAUUCGACUUGCAUUUGUGAAAGAUAUUGUUAAGGAAUCAUUACGUUUUAAAAGACGUAAAUUAGCUACAUUGUUGGAAGAAUAUCUUAAGACUAUACAAGAAGACGUUUGGACAGUGAAUCACAAGGUGAAUCACAAUGGUGCCACAAAAAUAAGCUAGGCAUUAAUUGACUUAUAAGAAAGGAUUAUUUUAAGAAAUGCAUUAAACACUUUUUAAAGUGACUUAUAAGCACGUAAAUAGAGUAUAAAGCACAUAAUGUGCAUAAUUUUUAUUUGAGAAAGGAAAAAAUAUAAGGAAAUAAGAAGAAGAAGAAGAUUAGUAAUAUUCAAACAUAAAUAUUUGAAAGAUGCUUGAAUAGUAGAUGCAAUUUCUAUCGAUAAAUGCACUUUAGGUGUUAACCAAGAAAAUACAAUUUUUUUUUUAUCUUGUUUAAUUAAUAUUUUCAUUUUACAAAUGUUCAGUUGGUAGAAAAUUUAUUUUUUUGUUUUUGUUAAUAUUUGUAUAUACUUGAAAAUUUAUAUUAUGACAAUAAAUUCUUCCUAAAGUUGAAAUUUGCAGAUUUGUCAAAUAUUACGAGCAAAAGUAUACGUAAUUUAUAAAUAUAACAUUAAUUUCUCUUAUAAAAAAAAAAACAAAUUUAAUUAAUUUCAAAUAAUAUAUUGCACAUCACAUUGUUCUCUGUCAGUAUAUUAUUAUAUCAAAAAAAUAAUAUAAUGUUUAAUAACAUUAACGAUACCAUAAACACGUGCGGUUAAGUAGGCAUAUUAAAUAUGUUUUAUAAUCCAAUUUACAAUUCUCAAUGCAGUUUUCUCUUUCAAUGCACCUCUAAUUAAAUUUCUUUUAAUUUAUAGUCUUGGAUGCAGGCAUGCAAGACGAUUUGAGGUGUAAAAUAUAGCGUCUAAGGGUCAAUUAUACUAUACAAAUAGUAUACAAAUAUCUAUUUGCAUGGUAUUUGGAAUGUGAUCUAAUUUUAAUAGUCAAGUAAAAAACUUUGUUUAUCUGCUGUGAGAAUUGUAAAAAAAGUAUGACAUAAAUCAAAGAUAUAAAGAUAUUCUACCAGCUGUACAGUUCUUAGAGCCCAUAUCAAAUUUAAGAAAAAGAAUUACAACUGAAGUUAUAGUUAUAUUGUCUUAUUACGAUUCACAUAUGUUCAAAUCUAUAAUUUUUUAAGUAAAAUCAUCAUUACAAAAUUCUAUAUUAAUAAGAAAUCAACAGUGACGCAGUGAUAAAAAAAAAACUGUGUAAAUUUUGUUAUAUAAAUUAUUCAUGUUAUAAAGUUGAAGUGAGAUUUAAUUUCUGUAAAUUUAUAAAAAGAAAAUUUGAGAUUAUUCUUGUUUAUUAUGCCUUUUCUCCUCUGUAAUACAUAUCUUCUGUUAAAAACAGAGAUUUCAUAGGUGUAUAUUUUGUAUUCAAAGAUUAGUACAUAUUUUGUCAUGUAAUUUGCUAAAUUAAAAAUAUCAUUAAAAGUAGAAAUGUUUUGUUGAAAUGAACUAUUUCACCUAAAUUUACUAUAUGUAAAAUAACCGUCGAUGUAUAUGACACACAGAGUAGCUAGCUAUCGUAAAAACUGUUGUAAGAACAAGUUUUACAUCUAGCAAAAGAUUUAUUAAAUGGAAUGUAUUAUAACAUUUUCCAUAAAGGGUUGAUAGUGCCUGACGUUAUUAAAGAUUGAAGUAAGAAUGUUGUAUUUAUAUUCGAUUUGUUUUGCAUGGAAGCAUUUUACAUCGAACUGCUACUAAUGCAAAAGCAUUCGAAUGAAAGGAUCAUUAGUGGAAUAGAAAAUUCUUUUUAAAUUGUGGUGUAUUGUUUAUUAAUAUUUUUAAAAAAAUUAAAUGAUGUUAUAUCAUGACGUUUUGACUUUUCAUAUAAGAGAAAUUUUCUAAGUAAUAAAAAAAAAAACUGAUUAUGUACAAUAUAUUAAAUACUGUACAAAUUUUUACAUUAACUUUAUGUCCAAGGUGUGUAAAUAUACAUGUAAAACUUUGAUGAUUACCAAAUUUAGUAAAUUAAUGACAAACGUUAUAUGUCCGAGCUUAUUUAAGAUGUAAUUAAAUUAUUGACUUUAUUACUCUAUUAAUAGUUUCCAUUUUAAUGCGAUUAGAGACAAAUUUACUCAUGUCAAUUGUUUGUGAAGAUCAUUUGAAAUAGCACAAUCACACACAGUUUACAUGAAAUAAUAGAAAAAAACUUUGACCAAAUAUUAUGUAAGUUAAUUGAAAAAUCAUUGUCAGAAUGAUUAUCUUAUUUUGUGUUAACUUCAAUCCGAAUGAUCACUCUAUUUUCAAAAUUUUUCAAGCUUUCAAAGUGAACAAACAUGAAAGAAUUGUUGUACUGGCAUAGAGAAAAUAAUUAAAAUGAAAUAAGUCAAAUAUAACAUAUCAUUGAUGUUAAAUACAUUUUCUAUAAAAAAAUGUUUAAUUUCAAAUAAGAUAAUCGAUCUGAGAAUUGAUUUGGAAGUACUAUGUGAUAUAUGUACACAGAUUUGAUACUUGUAAAUAAUUUAGCUUUAAACUGUAUAGAAUAAUUUUUAUUUAUUGAACCAUUGAGAAAUUUAAAUAUUCCACAGAUUAGUUAGUAAAUAACGGGGCUUAGCUGAGUCUAAAAGACAAUGAUGCUAAACGCUUAUUGGCUCCGAACUAAAUUAAUUUAGAGUAUUAAAAUAUUCAAUUUAAUAUUAAAAAUUGAAUGUAUAAAACACAAAGUGCGAUUUUAUAAGAUACACGUUUAUUGAAUAACUAUAGAAAAUAUUUGUAGAUAUUACAUCAUUGAUUUUAUGUUAUUUUUAUUUUUUUUUUUUUGCAAAGUUAUAUAAACUAUUUUUGAUUGAGCGUUUUAAAGAUUUAACAGGUAAUCAUAUUUUGUUUAAAAAUUGCGAAUGGACUGUAAUUUUAACAAAUUUUUUAAUCUACUUAGUCCAUAGAUGCAUAUUUUGGAUAAACAAUAUCCCCUUCUUAAAUUGACGAACAAAUCCUGUCUUUUUUUUCCCCAUUGAAAACAAAUGCUUUUUAUACAAUUUACAACAUCAAUAUUUAUGUCGAUAACAAUGUAACGAUGUAACAGUGUAACAGGGACACGCAAUACUACAAUGAAAAUUUAAACAAAAUAUGAGGAUUACAUUUGUCAAACUUGGUAUAAGAAAGUGUUUAUGCUUUAAGCAGCAUAAUUAAUUGAAUGCAAUAUUAAAAAGUAUAUUAUAAAAUGAAUAUUACUGCCAUAUUAUUGCAUUCGAUAAGCUGAUGUGCCUAUUACAUUGCUUUCGAAUUGGUUUCCUUUCAUUUUUCAUAUAUACAUUUUUCAUAUUCAGUUUUUACAAAGUUUAUCUAUGUAUUGAAGAAUUGUUAUUGUUUUCUUUUUUAUAAAAUUUAAAAAGUGAUAUGUUUUAAAGUACGGUGUAAAAUAAUUAUAUAUGUAUAUAGAUAUACAUACAUAUGUUAUAUAAAUAUGAAAGGAUCGUUCCAUUUUUACGUUUAUAUUUUAGAAAAGAUGGUGAACAUAAGCUUAAAAAAGAAUAAACAAAAGGAUAUAAAGCUUGAUUAUGUUUACACCGAUUUCCUAUUCUGAAUACUAAUAAUACAUACGUAAAUGUAGGCAAAUAUGUAUAUGUAUAUAUAUUGUAUUAUAUGUAUAUGCAUAUGCAUACACACAAAAAUACGACCUUUUUUAAUGCUUUGUAAUAUUUCGUACUAUUUAAAACAAAAUGAACUUUGAAUACACAUUGAAGUUUAUAAAAUAGAAUAAAAAAACAAAAACAUAGAAAAACCAACAAUGGAACAAAGAGAAAAAAGUUUGAAGAAUACGUUUGUUCUUACCAUAAUAAUCUUUCUAAAUGACACAAUAGAAAAAAAAAUGAUGUUAAGAAUAAAAAAUAUAAUAGUUUUUUACAAAAUCAACAACAUUUACUACGUUAUAUGUUUUACUAAAUAAGUAUAAUUUAAAUGAUUACUUAAAUAACUUUUAAACGUUUGAAAAUCUUUAAUUUCCUUUUCAUUUCCAUCGUAUAAGUAUA